UGUUUUCCUCUUUGUCUUCUCCGAUUUUCCAUCUUAGUUCAUGAUCCCGCCCUUCUUUGUUUUUCAUCUCCGUGUUCCUCAUUAUCCUCUUUUCUAUCUUGUCCCAGUCUUCAUGGUCUUCUGUCCAUUUCUCUCUUCCCAUUCUUUCUUCCAUUCUCUAUUUGCCUUCACCAUUUUCUCCCUCCAUCUUCAUUCUUUCCGUCUCUUAUUCCCUUCUCUACCCCGUGUUUGAUCUCCGCUCUACUCAUUCCCUCAUUCCAUUCCUUGUCCCUCCAUCUCCAUGUCCAUCUUCGCGCUUACGGCGUUAUUCGCCAAGCACUACACCAACUUUCAGCAAUUGGCGCUGACCAUGCGUCGAAGUCAAAUUGAUCCCAUACAUAGAAUGCGAUAUCGGGGACACGGUAUGUUCUUCUUUUGUCUUCCUCUCUCUCUUCCUCUCCAUCUUCCUCUCCAUCAUCCUCUCUCUCUUCCUCACUGUCUUCCUCUCUCUGUCUCUCUCCAUCUUCCUCUCUGUCUUCUUUUCCGUCUUCCUCUCCAUCUUCUUUUCUGUCUUCCUCUCUAUCUUAUUCGUUAUUUUUCUCUCUGUUUUCUUUCUGUUUUCCUCUUUCUCUUCUUUUCUGUCUUCCUCUCUCUCUUCCUCUCUCUCUUCCUCUCUGUCUUCUCUCUGCCUCUACGUCUCGCUCUACCUUAUUCAAUUCUCCUCUUCAUUUCACCCCUCUGUAUAGUUUUACUAACAUGAUUCCACAGCCUUCCUUGAUCACCGUCAUCGCCCUGACCUGG